AUGGGACCAGUCUCCCUUCUUUCAAAAUACCAGAAAUUAAGCACUUGGAAAGGAGAUUUGGCCAAGAUGACCCAUUUACAGGCUGGACUCAGUCCAGAGACUAUAGAGAAAGCUCGCCUGGAACUGAAUGAAAACCCAGAUGUUUUACAUCAGGAUAUCCAGCAAGUCAGGGACAUGAUCAUCACCAGGCCUGACAUUGGAUUUUUACGUACAGAUGAUGCCUUCAUCCUGAGAUUUCUCCGAGCCAGGAAGUUUCACCAAGCAGAUGCCUUUAGACUCCUGGCCCAGUACUUUCAGUACCGCCAGCUAAACCUGGACAUGUUCAAAAACUUCAAGGCUGAUGAUCCUGGCAUUAAGAGGGCUCUCAUCGACGGGUUCCCUGGAGUGCUGGAAAAUCGUGAUCACUACGGCAGGAAGAUUCUUCUGCUGUUUGCAGCCAAUUGGGAUCAGAGUAGGAACUCCUUCACAGACAUCCUCCGUGCCAUCCUGCUGUCCCUGGAAGUCCUUAUUGAAGAUCCAGAGCUUCAGAUAAAUGGUUUCAUUUUAAUUAUAGACUGGAGUAAUUUUUCCUUCAAACAAGCCUCCAAACUGACACCUUCAAUCCUCAAACUGGCUAUUGAGGGGCUGCAGGACAGCUUUCCUGCCCGCUUUGGAGGAGUCCAUUUUGUCAACCAACCCUGGUACAUCCAUGCCCUGUACACGCUCAUCAAGCCAUUCCUUAAAGACAAGACCAGGAAGCGGAUUUUCCUGCACGGAAACAACUUAAACAGCCUUCACCAGCUAAUCCACCCUGAAUUUUUGCCCUCGGAAUUUGGAGGAACCCUUCCUCCUUAUGACAUGGGAACUUGGGCUCGGACAUUACUUGGUCCAGACUACAGUGACGAGAAUGACUAUACUCACACUUCCUACAAUGCAAUGCAUGUGAAACACACAUCCUCCAAUCUGGAGAGAGAAUGCUCACCCAAGCCAAUGAAGAGGUCCCAGUCUGUGGUGGAAGCUGGCACCCUGAAACAUGAGGAGAAGGGAGAGAAUGAGAAUACUCAGCCACUCCUGGCUCUGGACUGAACCCCGAGUCACCCCAUGCUCUUGCAGAUCGCCAGCCUUCAGUGGUAUCAGCUGCCCAGGAAGCACAUGCGCAACUGACCCACACAGACACGUGCGUUCCGCUUGACACAAGGCCCUCCACUCCUGCCACCUAGUAUUGACUGUCACCAGCCAUUGGUCUGAGCAGCCAAAGUUGAACAAAGACUUGAGAGAUGCUUUUUUUUCACUGGGGGACUGGAGGUGAAGCAAGGCAGUUAUGUAAACAUGAUCCCCCUCCCCUAUAUUUAUGGUAGUAAAUGAAUUGAAAAAAGAAAAACUAAAUUUGAUGCAUAUACUGCAUUAGUACAAGGAUUUUUCUGAGGUACCGCAGACACCCUCUCCAGGUUUUGUGAUUUAAGAUUAAGUGCAUUUCCAAGUAGAUACAUCAGAGUUAAACUGUGCAGACACAAUUGUCAAGCUCAAUGUAGGGCAAGGCCCCAAGACAGUAGUAUCUCCAGUAAUUUCCAUUCUUAUUGAAUUAUUUUUUUGACCUCAUCACCAGCAUCGAAUUGUUCAGCCUAAGGGCAUGUUCUUGUAGGUCUGGCUAUUUGCGGGGUUUGCUUAUUUUGAUUAUUCUGCAAGAAUGAUUGUGACGUCACAUCUUUUGUCAGGCUACCAGCUGAUUACCAUGAUCUGACCUUAAAAGAAGACACACACAACUUGAAAUAUGAUUAUUUCAUCUUAAUAACGUGACUUCCCACAGGCAACAUGAGUCUGCAGGGCGGGGGAGGGGGGAGGGGGCGGGGUCUCAUUGAAACACAUAUCCGUGAUUAAUGGAUCCAUUCAAAUGGCCUCACUUGGGUCACUACACGAAAGAAAAGCAGUUAGCCCCUCACUCUCCUGCAACCAGUUAAAGGUGUGGAGAAGGGAGCUGGCUGUUGCUGAGAGGGUAGGGACCAAUCAUGGAGGAAGACCCUUAAAGAUGGCUAAAUACGCAAGUACUGACAAUAAGAGAUUAGGAAUGUGGGAUAAAAUGCCAAAGAUCAUUUUAUUUCUUUGUCUAUUCUCCUUAGAAAUGGAGCCCCCAACUAUCCAUCCAAAGGAAAAUAAAUUAAACAGAUAACAUAGGAUAUGACAUCCUUACUUGUGCCAUGUUUCCCCCCAUCAGUUGUAUGUUUUUAGGUACCUCAUCCUCCCAGUUAUCUGCAUGACAUGGGCAUUUAUUAGUAUGACCAGUUGGUGCUCAGUGUCAAAUAAAAAAAUAUUUGGUUGAUGAUGGGCAGAAAAAUAUGAUUUUAUGUUCUAAGGAUUUGGGAGAGUUAGCUAAAACAUUAAAAGAAAAGAGGUGAUCAAGUGGCCAUAAUCACCCUCAAUAAGCAUUAUUACUAAUCUUAACCAUUUAUGACAUCUCUUUCUCAAUGAAUCUAUUGUUUUAAUUUUUUUCUACUGGCAGAGGAGAAUAAGAGAAGUAAUUUUUGUAUUCUACCCUUGAAAUAAAAUUGAAAUAGAAUUAAAAAUAUUUCUCAACCAAUUGUAUCAUGGU